AUGAAUGGCCCACCAGGGUCAGGAAAAGAUACACAUUGUGUGUCACUUUCCAAAUUGUAUAAUUUUGAAAUAAUUACAAUAAGUGAAUUAUUAAAAAAAUAUUUGAAAGAAAAUACAAAUAAAGAUGCCAGUUGUGGAAAAUAUGUACCCGGAUUAACAGAUGAAGAAAAACAAGAUUUAGAAAGUAUAGAAAAGUGCAUAUGCAAUGGAUCGCUAGCUCCGGAUAAUAUAGUUAAUAAAAUUUUCCUUAAAUAUUUUAAGAGGUAUUCAGAAAACACAGAGCAAGAUCAAAUUUCUGAAUCUGAUACAACAUCCAAUGGUAUUAUUAUCAAUGGAUUUCCUAGAACGUAUGAACAAGCAAUGUUAUUCAAAAAAUACAAAAUUAAUGUAACAAAAUUUAUUAAUAUUGUAGUUAGUAGAGAAUCCCUUUUAAAGAGAAUUAUGAACAGGACAAAAGAUCCAGUUACUAACAUAAAUUAUAAUUUCCAAAUAAUAAAAUUAAUUAAAAAAAAAAGACAAGGAAUCCAGUUAACUACCGAAGAAGAAGAAUUAUUAGCGUCACAAAAUGAUAGUUAUCAAAGUUUAACUGAUGAAAUUAUUAUGAGAUUAGAAAGAAGAGAAGAUGACAAUGAAACUACUUUUAAUAAAAGAUAUAAUUUAUAUAAAGAAAAUGAAGAAAAAAUUAUUCCACUUUUUAUUGAUAUUUGUAAAAAUGUAGACGGUGAAAAUGACAUCAAUCAUAAUUUUCAACAAAUUUGUAAAAUUAUUCAAGAGGAAGAAAAUUAUGCAUAG